CCUCCACCAAAUACCACCAUGUUUGCCGUAUGUGGUCCACUGCAUUAUUGACCAAAAAAUAGCAAGUCGUCUCACUAUUCUUGAAGUAAGUUGAGCCAUAUAAUAAUCUUAACAGGCUUUGCUAGUUCUCUACUUGAAUUUCACAAAGAAUUUUCAGUUUUUCAACUUCAAAUACUAGAUCAAAAUUAGUCCUUUUGCCACGAAGAGAAAAUGGCUUUGGUUGGAGAGGCUUUGCUCUCCGGUUCGAUCCAGGUGCUGUGCGAAAAGAUUGCUUCGGGAGAGUUCAUGGCCUUCUUCCGGGCAAGAAGACUCAACCAUUCACUCAUGGACAAACUGAAGGUGACAUUGAUUACACUUCAUGCAGUGCUCAACGACGCAGAGGAGAAGCAGAUUGUCAACCUUGCCGUCGGGAUGUGGCUUGACGAGCUCAAACAUGCUGUGUUCGAAGCCGAGGACUUGGUGGAUGAGAUCGAUACUGAAGCUUUGCGUCACGAGGUGAAAGAUCAGACUAAGCAAACCCAGGUGUGCAACUUCCUCUCUACCUCUCGUAAUCCUUUUAAUUAUGAGGGCAUGAAUGGUAGGAUAGAGGAGUUAUUUCAGAGGUUAGAACACCUUGCAGAACAGCGAAAUCGCCUUGGUCUUAGAGAAGGUAUUGGGCGCAUGGUUUCACAAAGAACUCCCACAACUUCUGUAGUUGAGGAAGGAUUCUGUCCCUAUGGUAGGGAUAAGGAUAAAGAAAAGUUAAAAAAACUACUGCUGCUAUCUGACAAUGAAAGUAGCAGUAAUUUUUCUGUAGUCCCAAUAGUCGGGAUGGGCGGGGUUGGUAAGACAACCCUUGCUCAACUUCUUUACAAUGAUGAACAAGUUAAAGAGCAUUUUGACGUUCAUGCUUGGCUUUGUGUAACCGAACAGUACGAUGCUUUGAGGGUGCUUAAGACCCUUAUUGAACAAAUCACUGAGAAAUCUUGUGAUAUCUCAGAUAUGAAUUCCCUUGAAAUUCGACCAAGGGAACAAGCAAGGGAUAUCUCAGAUAUGAAUUCCCUUGAAAUUCGACUAAAGGAACCAGUAAGGAGGGAACAAGUGAGGGAUAUCUCAGAUAUGAAUACCCUUGAAAUUCGACUAAGGGAGCAAGUAAGGGGAAAGACAUUUUUAUUUGUCCUAGAUGACCUUUGGAAUGAGAGCUAUGAUGACUGGGGUCGUCUACGAACUCUUUUCACUUAUGGGGCGAAGGGAAGUAAGGUCAUUGUAACAACAAGGAGUAGACGUGUUGCAUCCAUCGUGCAGAAUACUAUUCCAAUUCAUGACUUGGAAAAAUUGUCGGACGAUGAUUGCUGGUUGUUACUGGCAAAACAUGCAUUUAGAAAUGAAAACUCUAGUGCACAUCCAGACUUGGAAGAAGUUGGUAAGAAAAUUGCACACAAGUGCAACGGUUUGCCUUUAGCUUCAAAAACACUAGGGGGUCUCUUAGGUUGCAACCUAGACUACAAGGAAUGGAAUCACAUAUUGGAGAGCAAUUUUUGGGAUCUACCACACAGUAAUAGUGUUCUUCCUUCUCUAAGAUUGAGUUACCAUUAUCUUCCAAGUUACUUGAAACGAUGCUUUGCUUAUUGCUCAAUUUUUCCAAAGGGCUAUGAAUUGGAAAAGGAAAAUGUACUUCUACUAUGGGUGGCAGAAGGUUUAAUUCCACAAUCAGAGAGUGGGAAUACAAUGGAGGAGGUUGGUGAAAGAUACUUUGACGAACUGUUAUCUCGAUCACUGUUUCAAAGACCAAGAUUGGAUCCACCAAGAUUCACUAUGCAUGAUCUCAUCAAUGACUUGGCUAUGUUUGUGUCUGGAGAGUUUUGUUUUAGGUUGGAUCUGGAACAUUCACAGGAAGCUCAUAAAAGAGUUCGCCACUUCUCGUAUAUGAGAGGAAAAUUUGAUACAUCUUCAAAAUUUCAGCCAUUAGAUGGAGUGAAGUAUUUGCACACAUUCUUUCCGGUGUCUUUAGCACCAUAUGACAAAAGGGAUGACCAAGUAUAUGUAAGCAAUAAGGUUCAAGAUGAUUUUCUGCCUGCACAAAAAUAUUUACGGGUAAUAUCAUUGUCGAGGUAUCAAAAUAUCAAUCAGUUACCUAAUUCCAUUGGUAAUCACAUACACUUGCGCUACAUCGAUCUCUCUUAUACGACAAUUAAAAAGUUACCAGAUACAGUGUGUACCCUCUACAAUUUACAAACACUGUUGUUGUUAGGUUGUUCUUCUCUUGUUAAACUGCCUGCAGACAUGAGGAAAUUAAUUCAUUUGCGUCAUCUUGAUAUUGGCGGAACUCGCAUAAAAAAAAUGCCUGUGCAUAUAGGUAGAUUAAAAAGCCUGAGAACACUGACAGCUUUUGUGUUGGGGAAAUCUACUGGGUCAAGCAUUGGAGAACUGAGGGAGUUGUCGCACCUUGGAGGAAAAAUUUCUAUCUUGAAUCUACAAAAUGUAGUCGGUGCUAUUGAUGCCUUGCUGAAGGAUAAGAAAGAUCUCAAUGAGGUAGAGUUGGCAUGGGGUUAUGAUGUUUCCAAUGAUUUUGUGAAAAAGAAACAUGUGCUCGAAAGACUUCAACCUUCGGUAAAUUUGGUGAAACUAACCAUCAGGUAUUAUGGCGGAAUCAGUUUCCCAAGUUGGGUGGGAGACUCGUCCUUCUCCAACUUACAAGUGAUGCGUCUCAGUAAUUGUAGUAAUUGCAGUUCAUUGCCACCAGUUGGUCAGCUACCAGCUCUCAAAGAGUUGUAUGUAGAAGGGAUGAAAUCAGUUGUGAGUGUUGGUGUUGAGUUGUACGGGGGAAAUCAACCAUUUCAAUGUUUAGAGAAGCUAGAGUUUACGGACAUGCCAGAGUGGGAGGAAUGGCUGCCUAGUCCAAGUGGAGGUGAAAUUCCAGACUUUCCUCGUCUUAAGGAGUUGAAACUAUCCAAGUGUCCGAAGCUGAGAGGAAACUUGCCCACUCAUCUUCCUUCCUUGAAAACACUUGAUGUCAACUGGUGUGAGGUUCUACAUGAAAGCAGGGCCAGUAAUACCCUGAACACGGAACCCUUACGAGUAUCUCUUGAAGAACUGACACUAAUUUAUUGCCCAGGUCUGUCAUUGUUACUAGAGUCGACGGAGACGCUGCUGUCGCUUCAGAUGCUUUAUAUUAUUUCUGUUGAUAUUAAGUGGUUGCCGCAAAUGCUGCCCAACAGCAAUCGUCUUCAAAGUUUGACUUUAUGGAGAUGUUCCUCACUCUUGUCGUUCCCUACAAAUGGUCUGCCCACCACGCUGACGUCACUCCGCAUACAAAAUUGCAAGAAAUUAGAAUUCCUAUCACGUGAGAUGAUGGCCAGAUUGACUUCCCUUCAGUCUUUGUGGAUAUGGGAGAGCUGUGAUUCUCUGAGGUCGUUCCCUUUGGGCAUUUUCCCCAAACUUUCAUCUCUUGAAAUACAGGAUUGUCAGAAUCUGGAAUCCCUUUCUGUGGAAGGAGGAGCAGAUGAAAAUCUCAGCCAUCUCAACUCCCUGGAUAUUAUGGGAUGUCGAAAUCUUGUCUCUUUUCCCGACGGGGGAUUGCCCACUCCCAACCUCACUUCCUUGAAAGUCAUGAGAUGCGAGAAUUUGAAGUUGUUGCCGGACCGAAUGCACACCCUCACCGCCCUUCAAGAUUUUUGGAUAUAUGGUCUUCCAAAUGUGGUGUCAUUUGCACAAUGGGGUUUGCCUCCCAACCUACAAUCAUUUGGGAUCGUCGGAGUAAGCAGACUGAGGCCUUCAGUGGAAUGGGGAUUGCAAGGGCUUGUCUCUCUUCGACAAUUUCGGAUCGAAGGAAACAAGGAUCUGGUGGAGACGUUGCUCAAUGAACAGCUGCUCCCUGCCACUCUUCACACUCUCCAAAUCUUGUUUGUAUCGAAUCUGAAAUCUUUGGACGGAAAGGGACUUGAGCACCUCACUUCUCUUCAACACCUAGAAAUUACAUGUUGCGAGAGUCUCAAAUUCCUGCCAAAAGAGGGUUUUCCGGCAUCUCUUUCUUAUCUGAAGAUCCGGGGUUGUCCUUCUCUGAAGAAGAGGUAUCUGAAGAAGAGACAUGAGAAGGUAGCUCGCAUUCCUUGCAUAGAGAUAGACGGAGAAUUAACAUCUUGUGAGCUUUCAUUUCACUCUCUCCAACUCUCAACUCUCAAGACAAAAGCCAGGAGAGUACGAGGGGAGUGAAUUAUUUCUAGUCUGACAAGAGGUAAAACCCUGGAUGAUGGUUUCACUGAUGCAGCGAGCAAGCAAACCUGUAAAGAUAGGUUUAUCAAAUGGUGCUCUGAUUUUCUGGACUGUCAAGUUUGAAAUCUUUUGGACCGAAAUGAACUUUCAAUACCUCCCACUUUCACAAUUCCUGCCGGGACAGGGACCUCUAGACCUCUCUCGUCUACAGCCAUACAAAGAUUGAAUGUAUGUGGGACUUCGUCGGUCCAUAGAGAAAACUUUUGAACUGUAAAGAUAGGAUUAUCAGAGGGAAAACGAUGUUAGAUUACAUCAACCACUCAGAUGGCAUUUUAUUGAUGCAGAUGGCAACUCUGGGAUUGUAAAGAUAGGAUAAUCUACAGCCAACGAUUUAAACAUGCAUCAAUUAGUUAUCCUUGAAUGGUGCUAGCUCCAGCUAUCUGGCAUGAAUAUAAUUCUCCUUUAAUUGGAGGGGUAACCCCUGAUAUGAUGUUUUUUUUUUCUAUUACUUUUUUUUUAGUUUAAAUAUGAGAGGCAUGCCUUUUCAUCUUCACUUGAUGUGACUCUCAUCUACUAAUGGGCGCAUAUAUGCUUUUGUACAGAUUGAGCGCGCUUGAUCUUUUGUCAUGCUUACGUUUGUUGGUAUUCCAUUUGCUUGUUUUCUAAGAUACAUGUAUCAAUAAUAAUUUCUUCAUCUUUGAAUUUAGGAGUAUCUUUUUAAUCUGAGGUAUGAAAAAGGAAAGCAGUUGAGUUGGCAUCCUACUGACAUGGAUUUGAGAGAAAACAUGCUUUUCACAGUUCGAUUUAGAAUGAAACGGUAGAAAGUGUGUGAAGGCAUAGCUCUGCGUUCUUUUCCUACAUUUUCAUCAAAACUCGGCAUCCACAUACUCUCCUUACAGAAAAAUAUAUUUCGCAUACGUUAAAUGAAAUUAUGCCUCUUGUUGCCGCCUAUGAACAUCUUUUACCGUUAUAUUUAUUAUUAAAUUGAUUUUCCUUAGCAACAAUAUUCCUACUUAAAUUCAAGUUUCAGAGUCUAAUUCCGAUGAAAUUACAGGAGAGUGUGAUGGGAGUGACUUUUUUGUAGUAUGAUAGUGUGUAUCUACUUGGGGUGGAUAUAUGAUUCUCCUGCAUGUGAGGGUUCUCUCAUACUUGUCUCGUUUGUGGCAUAACUUUCUCAUCUUUCACUGUAACUGUAAUCUUCAGGUAGGUCCACAGGAGAUAUGUUUCUCUCUACUAACACAACAGUUGAAGAGUGCCUAAUGGCUGAGCUUGCUUGAAUGCCAGCAUGUACAAUGCGUUGCUAGAUUGCAUUUAUAUUAAGGAGGAUUUCACUGGUGGAAAAUUGCAGAUCAGCUGUAAAUUAAUUUACUUUCUCACUUUUUCUAUCUUCAUUUUGCCUUAUCUAUAUUGCAUUUAUAUAUCAGUCUUUUUCUUUGACAGUUCAAUUCAACUAUAUGCUAAAUCAGGACAAUGUGAUGGUAGUAGCAGGUAUAUCGGUUUCAUUGAUGCAGUGAGCAAACAGAGUAAACCUGUAAAGAUAGGAUUAUUAAAUGGUGCUCUGGUUUUCUGUCAAGUUUGAAAUUUUUGGACAGAAAUGGACAUUCAACAGGGAACUGCAGACCUCAGUUCUCGUCAACAUCUAUAUAAAGAUUGAAUGUAUGUUGGACUUCAUCGGCCCAGAGAGAAAUCUAUUGAACUGUAAAGAUAGGAUUAUCAGAGGGCAAAUGAUGUUAGCUUACAUCAACCACUCAGGACAGUUUCAUCAAAUAUAAUAGCAACCGGUUUUAGCUUACAUAUCAAUUACUGGUUGUUGAUUGGUGCGGCGGCAAUCUCUCGCAUAUAUGAUUCACCCUGCAUGGGCUCCUUGAUGAUGUUUUUGUUUCUCCGAUGUACUGCUGUGGUUUCCAUACGGCGGAAUGCUCGCUCAUCUUUCAAUGCCUCUGUCAUCUUGAGAUGGCAACUCGGGAAUUGUAAAGAAAGGAUCAUCUACUGCCAACAAUUUAAACAUGCAUCAAUUAGUUGUCCUUGAAUGGUGCUACUCCAGCUAUCUGGAAUGAAUAUAAUUCUCCUUUAAUCGGAGAGAUUUGUACAAACAAAGUGGUUGAACAGCGCGCUUGAUCCUUGUAGCACUGUCGUCAUGCUUGCAUUUGUUGAUAUUCCAGUAAAUGAGCUUUCCACCACUCUUUUGUUUUAAGUUCCGUUUGCUUGUUUUAAAGAUAACCAUUACUGACCAGAAAGACACCAAAUUCUCCUUUAGGUGCUUCAACUGCGGUAUAGGUAGAAGAUGCUGGUAC